AUGUCUGGCACUGGUCCCCGAGAAAAUGUGUUUCCCACUCGGAUGGCUCUCACCAACACAAAGCUCCGUCUGAAGGGCGCACAGACUGGUCAUUCACUGCUUGCGAAGAAGCGCGAUGCAUUAACCACCAGGUUCCGCGCAAUCUUAGGGAAGGUCGACGAGGCGAAGCGCAAGAUGGGCCGAGUCAUGCAACUCGCAUCCUUCUCGCUGGCAGAAGUCACUUAUGCUACCGGUGACAUAUCAUACCUUGUGCAAGAGCAAGCCAAAUCGGCAUCGUUUCGAGUCAAAGCUAAACAAGAGAAUGUGUCUGGUGUAGUGCUCCCCGCAUUCGAGGUCGACCGAGUGGCAGGCACAGAUUUCAACCUUACUGGUCUCGGUCGCGGGGGACAACAGGUGCUACGGGCAAAGGAGGUUUAUGCGAAGGCUGUAGAAACCUUGGUCGAGCUGGCGUCUCUACAGACAGCAUUCAUGAUCCUGGACGAGGUCAUUCGAGCCACCAACCGCCGUGUUAAUGCCAUCGAACAUGUCAUCAUACCCCGGUUGGACAAUACAAUCAAAUACAUCAUAAGUGAGCUGGACGAGAUGGAUCGAGAAGAGUUCUUCCGCCUGAAGAAGGUGCAAGGGAAGAAAAAGCGUGAUGCCGAGGCGGCAGAAGCCCAACGGAGGAUGAUUGCAGAGGCGAAGGUUUCCGAUGACUUUACGCCGGAAUUUGAGGGAGGUGGCGAUUUACUGAGUAGUAAAGACGAGGAUGUCAUUUUCUGA